AUGAGGAAUAAAAAAUGUGAGGGCAACCGGUAUCAAGAAUAUGAAAAACUUAAGGCUAAGGUGGAAGCUUUAAGGGAAAGUGAAAGGCAUCUAAUGGGAGAACAACUUGAUUCCUUAAACCUUAAAGAUCUCCAGCAGCUAGAAAAUCAACUGGACAAUUCUCUGAAGCAUAUUCGGCUAAGGAAGAAUCAAAUCAUGCUUGACAGUAUUGCAGAGCAUGAGAGAAAGGAAAAGGCACUGCAGGAGAAAAACAAGAACCUAGAGAAGCAGAUCAUGGAGACGCAGAAGCCAAAGGCUCUCAUCCAACAAGAUCAUUGGGAACAAGCUCAGACAAGCACCCCCUCCCCACCAGCCUCCUUAAUGCCUGAUGCUAACCCUAGCUUAAAUAUUGGAUAUUAUGAAGGGAGGGCAACCAUGGAAGAAGGUGGGGAGACUCAGGUUAGGAUCAAUAACAGCAUGUUGCCACCAUGGAUGCUUAGCCAUUUGAAUGGGUAG